UAAUCAGUCAGGUCCAGGGGCUGAGACGCACCGAGCCACACAGCGGUUUGCUUGUUGAUAAGACUUCUUGGAAGAAGAGGACCGCAAACUACCUUCCUGCGACGUUAUUUCUGCCUCUAAGCUGGACUUUUGGGACGCCUUACGGUUGAAGAGGAAAAGUCUCUUGACUGUCGGGAAAUGAAAACUCAAAUGGAUUUGUAAUUUAUUGCUUUUUUUUAAAAAAGAAAAAGAAAUUAAUUUGGGACACACUUGGAAUUAUUUAAACUUUACUUCCUUUCUAAAUCUCUUGGAUAUUUUUUUAAAAAGUAUUUUUCUAAAGUGUAGACUUUAAUUGCUUGGAAAUGUCUUUUGCUAAAAUGGUCUUAUUCUUUUCAUCUGAGCUUUCAGCCAAAAACGGACACUUCAGCGCAUCAAGGUGAACUUAACUGAGUGAACUAAACCGGACUUUGAAGAGUGAACUGAAAGUAGGAGGCUUACUGUAGCUCUGAAUUUUUAUCUUUAUAUUUCGAGGGGAACUUGGAAAAAAAAAGUUUGGUGCAGCUGAGCGGAUUCUUCUUCAUCUUUUGGGAACACCUCUGCUGUGGGACCGCGGUGUGGACGGACGCUCGCACGCGCGCGCAGUCUCGCAGGGCGAGCCGCUGUCCCCCCGCGCGCAGUGCUGAGGAGAGAGGCUCUCUCGCGCUUCCAUAAAUGCCCGGUCCGUCGAAGAGGCUCGAGGCUGGGCAGCAAGAUGAGCUCGUGGGUACAGCUGCUGCUCGCGUUGCUAGCGGUGUGUCUGCGGUUUGGCGUGGCCGAGGAGGACGCUCUGCCUGCAGCCCUGGUGGAGCUGGUUAGAAACAGCCCCAUCUCCUCAAUAGAGGACCUUCAGAUGCUGCUGUUCUCUGACUCCGUAGAUGAGGAAGACGAGACUUCUGCAGCCAAUGGAGGUCACAGACUACCAAGGAGCCUCGAUGCCCAGCCGGCUCAGCAGGCUCUGUGUAAAGUUCGAACAGAAGUGGUUGAGGUCACAAGGGCAAUGUUGGACCGGAGCAAUGCUAACUUCCUGCUAUGGCCACCCUGUGUUGAGGUGCAGCGCUGCUCUGGCUGCUGCAACACUAAAAGCUUGCAGUGUGUUCCUGUUGUCACACACAAAAGAUACUUGCAGGUUAUGAAGAUCGAGUACAUCAACAAGAAACCCACUUAUGCUAAAGCAGUGGUGUCAGUUGUGGAUCACGUGGAGUGCAGAUGUCAGACUGCUCCUCGUCCUCCACCACACAAGAAGAAAUCCUCUCGCAGGCAGCACGGCUACCUGCAUCGAAACCAGACACAUAGCCAAGGACAUGCACACGGACAGGUUAAGGUGCAUUCCAAGGAUGAGCUUCAUCAGUUGGAUGAGCUCAAACAGAACCAGAGGGCCCACCUGGAGGAUCUCCUGGAACAGCAAUGGAGCCCCAGAGGAGACACCUUCACUCAGCCCGGAGAAGGAUACAGUCUUGCUGGGGAGGACACUUCUCGUUCUGGAGAAUCCGUUCUCUUUGCUCCACACUGGGCUCAUAACAUCAGCAAGCUUGUUGAGGCUAAAGAAACUGAGAAUGUGGAGAGGAAGGAUGGCGUGGUCUCAGAUGCCAACAAAACUGCCUCCUCAGUGGAUACAGCUGGAACUAAGGUGAAGAACAAGUUGGUAGGAGGUGGGAACGGGUUGCACAUCAUUAACACUGGAGGGAAAGUUAACAAGGAGAACAAAGAGACACAAACACACAGCCCAUUGUGGCAAGAAGACAAAGGCAAAUACUCAAAGAUUCACACAAGUGGAUUCUCUCAGCAUGUUACUCCUGAAGCAAAAUUCAGCCCUACCGAGGAAACCGUCACUGACACAGUUAGGGGCAGGUUCCGACCUACCAAAGAACCGAACCCGGAACCCCGUGAGCUGGCGCGACAAAGAAAAAACGAGACUCCAGAGGAGGAGAGGAUAUUACAGAUUGCGGAAGCCAAACUGGAGGAGGAGAGAAAAGAGCUUCUGCUUCCCCAUACAAAGUUGGACGAAGAAAAGGAAAUACUGAGACAGCAGCAGAUGAAGCGAGAAGAGGAAGAAAGGCAGAAAGAAAAGGAGACAGUCAAGCAGCACCUACAUGGUAAACAUCAUCCCAGUCACCAAACUACAACUCAGAAACCAGAGACAACAACAUCGACAACUACCACAAAAAAGCCAUCGGCUCCUACGGCCCCCAGACUCCCAACUCGACCACAAAAAACAAAAAGGAUGAGGAAGAAUCGCAGACGGAUCAGUAAAGCAGCCAUGAGAGCAAUGCUGAUGUAGAACUAAAAGAAACCCAGGGACACAAAGAGAACAUGGUGCAUUUUGUGGAUAACCCAGAGAAGACCCAAAUGGACUCCCUUUGUACAAGUAUUUAUUAAUUUGUCAGUAACCCGCUCAUCCUGUGAGAUCUCCUCAGUAACACUACUAAUGACUGUCUGGUGAACCUCUACCUAUACCGGGAGUAACAGAGGAGGGGGAAACAAGAAAAUGGAGUGUAAAGAAAAGAUGGACCUUCUCCAGAGAAUGCUUGCCUCUUUGACAGUUGAUGGUAUGAAGCAACAAGUGGCACCCAAAGACUGAUGAACUGUGUGCAAGCACUGUGCCUGUGGGGAAAUGAAACUGCAUCGCUGUAGAACUGUAUAAAAUAGUGCAAUUUCAAAAGUCUCCUUGGAACCUUGUCUUGAUAUCAGCAGACAGAAACUGCACUUAAAUGUUGACAGAACCAAGUGUAUAAGGAGUUUGUUGCUGAAAGCCUGGAUUGUGUGAUAACCACAGUCAGAUUAGAAUAAGGAGUAUAUCUGGUGUAAAAAUUAACCAAAAAAGCCUAACGUAGCUGUUUUUCUAAUUGGAUAAUAUAAUAACAGAGAUUAUUAUAUCGUCAACACACUGCAGGAGCAGAAGAAUUUCCAUGUGUGAUAUCAAUUAUUAGCUCAUUAAAAAUGAUGGUCUCUCUCAAACCAUAUUUAAUUUUAUGUAACUCAUUGCAAACACUGGAAUUACACUUACAUGGAUAUAGAAAAAAUAUAGUUUUGCAUUAAUGAGGUUUCCUUGUCUCAAAGUAUUGUCACGGGUGAAACAAGAAUUGGCUUGUGACCUGACUGUGUGCUAUGUUUCUUAUUUAUUUGUUGCUACUGUUACUACUCUCUAUAAAAAAUACUGCAAACAACAUGUGGCUGAGAUAGAGUCUGAAAAGAUCAUUGUGUCAUAAUAACUGCGAGGUUUAAACAAAGGGACAGAACAUAAAAAAACUAAUCCUGUCAGUUUACCCCAGUAUCCUGUUCAGCUUCAGUGUCAAAUAGUGCGUGCAUGUGUGUUUGUUUUGUAUGCCUGUGUGGUUCAGUAUGUGUUUCUGCUCACAUCUAUAUUCUUUAUUUGAGUUUUUUUUUUCUUUCAUACAGAAAUGUCUCUCCCCCACCAGAUAUAUUUUGGUGCAAGCAGCCACAUUAAUUUUAAAGUCCUAACCCCAGAGUGUAUUUCUGUAGGAUCCCACCUUCUACACAUUAUAUUUGAUUUAAUUUACAGGCAACUAAAAGAGUGAAAACCAGUAACUCAAGGGUUAGCUAUUAAAACAAGAAAACCAAGAUAAACUUUACAAAUGUUGUUGUUUUUAUGACCUUUCUGUUUCCCUUAAUAACAGCAUGUAAAAACACACUGAUGCUAUUUUGUGUCUGAUAAUUUAGAGUCAGAACAUUUUAAGUUAUUGAAAAAAAGGCUUGUAUGUAUGUUCCUUAUACCAUCUGACAACUGUUACUUUUUUUUUUUUAAGUGUUUUCUUACCUGAUCUGGUGAACAAAAGAGAAUGUUUGUGAUAACUUUGCCACAUAAUGCUAUUUUCAUAUGGGUAUAAGAAGCUAAUGUGCUUGAAA